AGAAGACAGUUCCACAUCGUAAGCCGCUCUCACCCGCAAGAGGUUGUGUGCUGCCGUCAAAGUCAAUCAUAUCCUCCUCGCGGAGGACAGAGUGUGAUUAAAGAAUCGCCUUUGUCUUCCAUUACUUUUUUCUGUUCUUAUAGCCUAUCUUCGUAUUUUAGACAUUUCACAGGCUUUGUCUUCAGUGUGCUGCGCGUGCAGUUUGAACCUUGCAAGCUCGCUGUUUUUCUUGAUGAAGGAGCAUGCCAUCGACUGACAGAAAACAGGGAUGUGACCCCAGAGACACUGAUUUCACAUGAAGGAGAAUUUGCUCAGAACUAUGAUCUAAUUUUGAAAAGGAAGACAUCCAUUUUGUCUGAUGAUAUUUUUCGAGGAGGAAAAACUGCCAUUGGAGUUAUGGAGUAGCCUAAUCGUAAAAUUUUAUAGUUUUCUAAAUGAUUGAAGAAUAUCCUGCAUUAAAUAUGUAGCCUGUCUAAUGUGCUACCUAGUAAGGCGAAAAAUAGCAUAUAGUGCACGCUAGGCUGUAGCCAUACAACGGGUCUACAAUAGCCUACCGGCAGUGUAAGGAUAUUAAAAUAAGUCUGUGGGAAGAUGACCCAGAAAUGUGGAUCACUAUGCCAGUAGUGUCUCAAACCUCUCGCUGUUUUUACCGAAGAAUCCAUUUUAUGGAGGAUUAUGAUCUGGCAUAUGAACCAGGACAACCCAGGGUAUUUUAAAUAGCAUAUCUUAAAUUUAAUAUUGCCGGUUUUAAAAGGAACAUUAUUUUUAGGCUAUUAGAUUGUAGUCUAUAGCGCUUUUGAUUUUCAUAAAUAAAUAAACCCAUUGUUGGGGGAAAAACACAGAGAACGCUUUUCCAACUAACGGAUUGUAUACGCUCGAAUAGCAAGCACUAAUGUGAAGACCGAUUUUAUCCGUUUUUUGUAUCGUUAUCUUUUUAUAAUAGGCUACAGAAUGCCGGUUGGACAUUCAGCGGAAGAAUGGAUUUGGAGUGAAUAUUAUUGUAAACGUGGACCUGCUCAAUGGCACUGUGCUUAUCGACCCUGCGUUUGGUCGUUGGAUUCCUGAAUGGGUGUUUUCGUCAGAACACGAUAUAUUUUUGUUUUCUCCUGUCUGACAAAACUAAUAUUUUAACCGACUGUUCUGUUUUUUAAUGCUGAAAUCUUUGAGCCAUGUUUUAUGGCCCUUUCGUGGGUUUCAGUCUGACAGUCGAGUAGGCUAGGCUAGACUCAGUGAACAGAUUUCGUAUUUAUUCUUUUGAAACCGUUUCUUACAAAAAGUGUGAUUUUUGCCAAUGAUGUCGCAUUUUUAAGGGGGGACGGUUUGUAUGUAACCUAAGCCAUUAUUUAAAACUGGCUUUAUAAACGAGUGACAUUUUACCAAGGUGGGAUUGAUGACACACAGCUGGGCAGCGGUGUCAUGCCCUGAAGAUUUUAUAGUGGUCUUUGAGACUCGUUCAGAUAGACUACAUUUAAAAGGAAUUCGGCACGAUCCUAAUUCAGCGUAUGCUAGUUUUUGGCUAAGUCCCCCAGAAUGUGUGAAAAGGUGUUGUAGGGGAGCUCAGCUCGUCGAGAAUCUCCUGGACACGGACGCGGAGAGGGCUAUGAAUCUGAGAUGAUGAUGAUGAUGCUGGAUACACAGAACUCGACCCAGGAGAUUGGGGAGGAGGUGGAGGAAGGGGCCAUCUACACCAUCACCUUGCGGAAGGUGCAGGUGCACCAGACGGCCAGCAAGGGGCAGCGGUGGCUCGGGGUGGAGACAGACUCCGCCCUCAGCCUGUACGAGACCUGCAAGGUGCGCACCAUCAAGGCCGGGACACUGGAGAAGCUGGUGGAGUACAUGGUGACCGCCUUCAGAGGCAACGACUCCACCUACGUCACCAUCUUCCUCUGCACCUACCGCUCCUUCGCUACGAGCAAGCAGGUGCUGGACCUGCUGCUGAACAGGUAUGCUAAGCUGCAGCAGCACUCCAGUGCAGAAGUGCCCAGAAUGACCCACGAUGACCGCACAGAGCUGAAGAACACUAUCUCAUCCAUACUGGGAGCCUGGCUGGAUCAGUACUCUGAGGAUUUCUGGAAGCCUCCGGAGUACAGCUGCCUGCGGCGCCUCAUCUCCUACCUGCACCUCAACUUCCCGGGUUCGGACCUGGAGCGCCGAGCCUGCAACCUGCUGGCCCAGUUCCACCGCCGGCACCGCGACCCGGAGCAGGAGGUUUUGGACCACAGCACCUGCACCUUCACCAUGCUGGAGGAGAACGGCUACGAGGACGAGCGCCCGGACUUCCUGUCCUUUGACCCGGCUGUGGUGGCGGAGCAGUUCACGCUCAUGGAUGCGGAGCUGUUUAAGAAGGUGGUGCCAUACCACUGCCUGGGGAGCAUCUGGUCUCAGAGAGACAAGAAGGGGAAGGAGCACCUGGCGCCCACCAUCCGGGCCACCGUGGCCCAGUUCAACUGCGUCACCAACUGCGUCAUCGCCACCUGCCUGAGCGACCGCGCACUGAAGCCCGCGCAGCGAGCCAAGCUGGUGGAGCGCUGGAUCGAGGUGGCCAGGGAGUGCCGGAUUCUGAAGAACUUCUCCUCCCUGCGUGCCAUCCUCUCUGCCCUGCAGUGUAAUUCUGUGCACCGGCUGAAGAGGACGUGGGAUGAGGUGUCCAGAGAGAACUUCCGAAUCUUCCAGGAGCUGUCAGAGAUCUUCUCUGAUGAGAACAACCACUCCCUCAGCCGGGAGCUCCUGAUCAAGGAGGGGACCUCGAAAUUCGCCACCCUGGAGAUCAACCCAAAACGGGCGCAGAAGAGGCACCAGCAGCAGAGAGAUCUGGGCGUGAUGCAGGGGACCAUUCCGUACCUGGGCACCUUCCUGACUGACCUGGUCAUGAUGGACACCGCCAUGAAGGACUUCAUGGAUGGCGGGCUGAUAAAUUUUGAGAAGAGAAGAAAGGAGUUUGAGGUGAUCGCCCAGAUCAAGCUCCUGCAGCUGGCCUGUAAUAACUACAACUUUACCUGCGACAGCCACUUCAGGGAGUGGUUCUCUGGGGUGGAAAAGCUCUCCGAGGCCGAAAGCUACAGCCAGUCGUGUGAAAUUGAGCCUUUGUCUGAGUCUGCCAGCAACACUCUCAAAGCAAAGAAGAACUCUGGAAUUAUCAAGCGCUGGAGCGAUCGGCAGCCAGCGAGCGCGGAGGCCAGCUGCAGCAGCGCAGGAAGCUCCCAUUCGAAGUCCUUCGACCAGCUGCGUUACGGAUCAGCCCUCGGGGGCUCGGGGGGCGGGGACGGGGGCGACUCCCUCAGCGUCACCUCCGCCGGCUCCAGCAGCUCCGACGUCGAGGAGGUCAACAUCAGCUUCAUCUCCGACUCGCCGGACGCCCACGAGAAGAAGACCUCCACGCCUACAGUAAAACAUUCCAAUUCUACCUUAGGGAAGGGAGGUCUGAUGCCUGAACCCGCUCCCACGUUUUGGGAGUCCACCUCGCUGUCGUCGCUGGACACCUCAGGGAUGGGCUCCGGCUCCGGCUCCAGCAGCGCCUCCUCCUCCUCCAUGUCCUCCACUCCUGUCACGGCCUCCCGCUCCCACAAGCGCUCUGUCUCAGGGGUCUCCAGUUACUCCUCCCUCUCCCUGCCCCUCUACAACCAGCAGGUGGACGACUGCUGCAUCAUCCGGGUCAGCCUGGACGUGGACAAUGGAAACUUGUACAAGAGCAUCCUGGUGACCAGUCAGGAUAAGACCCCAGCAGUCAUCAGGAAAGCCAUGGUCAAACAUAACCUUGACCGUGAGCGACCGGAGGACUACGAGCUCCUGCAGAAGAUCUCAGAGGAAAAAGAACUGAAGAUUCCAGACAACGCCAAUGUGUUCUACGCCAUGAACUCUUCUGCCAACUACGACUUUGUGCUGAAGAAGCGGGGGUUCCCCAAAGCGGGGCGCACCAAGCACGUGGCCAGCUCCACCCUGCCCCGCAUGAAGCAGAAGGGCCUCAAAAUCGCUAAAGGCAUCUUCUGAAAUACCCCCCACGUCACCACCCAAAUCGGCAACAACCCCUACGGAACCCGCCCAGUCCCCCUGGUUUCACCGAAACCCUCUGCUUCUGCAGAGGAGGUCCUCUUAAGUUGGUGCUGAAAAACACCCAGAAUGCAGUGGCCUUGCGUCUGACCGUGCAGUGGCCUCACUUGUGAUUGUGCAGAGAAAAGCAGCGACACAGACUGUGGCACUUAAUUGUUACUGUAGCAAGGUUGGAAGCUGGCUUUGUUUUCCGCACCAGUUCGCCUUCCCGGACAGAACCCAAGGUCCAUGGAGCCCGGGAAUUUGGAGUCCAACUGGGGUGAGGGAUGACCUCACCAUGCCAGGGGAAAGAGAUGCCAAUCCGGUCCCCUCGGUGUGGCUCAGCAGCAAAGUGUGCUGCUUCUGCUGGAGCACUGUCCAGAGUGACAGAGAAUGGAGUCAGAGCCUUACUAAAGAGGGCAUUAUAAAUGCAACGGUGGCAGGUCCCUGGGGCGUCGGCAGGGCCUGCCUCCUCUGAAGCUUUUCUUUGCCUUGAACUCUUCAGUAGAGAGAAGGUGUGGAGAUUCACCUGUUUUCUAACACUAAACUUUUUAUAAUUCUAAGCCUGAAUACUGCCACUUCAAACUCCAACCCCCCCUCUCGCCACACUUAAACAUUCAUGGUCAACAUAAUUUCAUGAAGACAGACAGACCCAGGGGGUGGAGGGGAGUCAGUCCAGUUCUAGUUCAGAGUCAUGCAUGUGUCUGGUUCAUGACCACUACAGCAAGAGAAGUUGGAGCAAUGCACCAAGGUCUCUGGUCCACACAUCUGUGAACUGAUGUCACUUCCUGUGGCCCUGUGCGUUUAUCCUGGGUGGGGAAAAACACAGACCCACGUUCUCGACUUUUUUCGAGGAUUUUUUUCUUCGUGAAGGAUAUGAAUGAUGAAACAAAUGACUGAACAAAUGACUGAAAUGUGUCCAGUUACACAGAAAGACAUUCAGUAACUAAAAUAAUUAACCAUUGCUCUUUUAUUAUUACUGCUAUAAUCAUUGGUAUUGUUUUUUGCUACUUUCUACUCAAGUGGUGCUAAAAAACAUUGGAUAGACAGCAGGCUCAGAGUUAAGCCCUGAUGUCUCCUAACUUUGGAUUUUGGGUGGCAGAAAGUUGUGCGCACACUAGAGACAGAGUGGCUCUCCUGUGAGUGCAGCCUGUGGCUGGAGAAGCAGAUGGCUGUUGGAGAUUCAAUGAUGACAGUUACUGCAGGCAUCGCGGGAGACUUGCCUUCUCCCAAAAGAAGCCCUUUCAUGUAGGAAGGGCCUUUGGACGAGGCCUGCGUUCUCCAUGCUAACCAUCCAAUAGCUUUCAGGCUACCGGCCGUCAACAGGAGCUGUUUGAUGGAUCUCCGCAGCAGUCAGGCUCCAGUCACGUCGCCUGCACGAGGAGAGCGUGCCUUUUUCCUCCCGUGAUGGAAGCGGCCUGCCUGACCCCAAAUGCACUUGAAGCAUCUGUGUGACUGUAAACGCAGGCAGUUGGAAGAGGGAUACGGAGGGGGGCGGGACAAAAAAUGAGCUGCAGGCUGUGAAAUGGGUGUGCAAUUCCAUGUGCUGUGGUGAUGCUAAUGUAAAGCCUUUUUUAAUGUCAGUACAGAAUGAAUGAAAAGUCUACUGACAUGACACCCCCUCCCCCAUUCCACCUCUGCUUUUGUUCCCCAAUAUAUUUGGCACUGUGAAUGCCAAAUCACUUGGCUGGCCUACACUGCCCUCUACUCUCCUUGGCUCUGUCAAGUGAUUAAGGCCGAAUUUCAAAUGGGUGACACGUGUGCACGAACACGCAGACACACGCACGCACACUCAGCAGUUUCCAACUGUCCAAUCCCUAGAGAGGCUGCCAAAGCCAGUGCAAGGGAGAGAUAUCUGAAAGGAGAGAAGCGUUCAGAUGUAUGGAAAUUCAUAAAGUUGUCCUGAACUUAUUUGAGCAAAUGAAGGAUUUUAGAUGAUUGGACGCAUAGUACUGAUGAUGGUAUGAAAGAUGUGGAAAGCGGGGUGUGAGAGAGUUAGAUUUACGAGGGUCAGCUGAUGGUGUUCAGGGAAGGAAGAGAGCGAGAGCGAGAGAGAGAGAGUGAGUGAGUAAAACAGAGAGAGAAACUCCCACAUCAUGUGCCUAAAUCAUACAGCCCACUUGUUGUCCAGGAAGCCGGGUACACAGUGGGUAUUGCCAGGUUUACUCUACGUGUGCCAAAGACCAGGGAGGGUCUGGGGGUGGGGGAGGGGGGUGAGGGGGGUGAUGCUACUGAAGGGGGAACAAGGAGCCAGGAAAGCUCACGAGUUCACAAGUUCCCCCUUCAAGCAGACCGUGACACUGUUCUCCCACCUGGAUGUGUCUCUAUCAGACACCGUUUCCUUUACUUCACUUUUAGACAGGGCAACUGGCCCUAAGCACUUACACCUCUGACAGUAAGACAGAGUAUGUCUCUUUAAAAAAAAAAAAAAAAAAUAAACAGUUCAAUACUGCCGUUGCGCUUUGCUUCUGCAGACAAAUCUUAAAGUCGGAGCCUUUUCAGGUGUGCAGCUGUUCAUUCUGCAUCUGUGUGGCCUAUUACCAUCCUGUGCUCUGUGCUCCUGUGUCUAUCAGGACAGCUGAAAGGACCAUGCAGUUGUUGGCAACUCUGUGUUUGCAGGGGGAUUUUGAGUGAGCUGAGGUUAGAUGUCAUGACCUCUCUCGACACGUAUAACAGCCCAGGACCAUUCAGAAAAAAAUUAUAAUAAUUUGCCUUUGUGUAAUUUCUCCUUGGAGCACUCAUAGGUUUUCAGUUGCUUCACGUUAAAAUAGAUAGCAACUUCGCACACAAGUGGUUAGUGACCCAAUAGUGAUUUAACACAGCUCACAUAUUUUUCUCUGUGUCUCAGCCUUCACCAAAGAUUUUGUGGAAGCAUGGGCUCACCCUCUAAGAUCUGUUUAAAAGCAUUUCACCUUUUCAUCACACAGGCACACACACAGGAGACCCAGCUGGCCCAGGAACAUUUCCAUUUCUCUUUUCUUGCAAACACUUACCUUAAAUCUGGUGCCAUUACAUUCUUCAGCUACAAUAAAAGUAAAUACUUUUCUAGACAACAGCAUUGACAUUGUUACGGAUUGCAAAUUGUUUUUUUUGUUGUUUUUUUCUAUAUUCAGUAUUUUGUUUUAUAUUUUAUAUAACAAAAGACCAUGAUGGAAUGCCCUUUGGAUUUUUUUGUUUGUUUCCUGGCUUUAUUUAUUGAUUUGUAUAUAGUGUUGUUGUGUAGCAUUGUACAUUUUUUCCUUUCAUAAUGUAAUUAGAAAUUAAUAUAUAUAUGUACAUAUAAACACUAAGUUUAUAACAGUAAGUAUGGGUUCGCCUGUCUCUUCAGUCCCUCUUGCUUUGAGUUCUCCCUGCCAGUUUUGUGUCUUUUGUAUUAUGGAGUGAUUGGAUAUCAUUUCCCUCAAAGCACUGUUAAUGAUAUUGGAGAUGAACCCAUCUAAUAAAUCCUACAACGUAGUAAA